AAGAUUUGAUCACAGCAUACACUGCUGGACCGGGCUCAGUUUAUUUACUCGUUUCGUCGUCAUUUUUUGGAAUGUUUGGAAAGAUUUUCAUGGUUGGUGUUAAUCGAUGGGAUUGGUUCUGUUAGGUUCCGUUGUGAAAUUCAGUGGAAGUGGUGUUAAGCGAGUGCCGAUGUGUUUACUUUAAGGAUCCCGUGCGGCCAAACAUUACAAAAAGCGAGCAUCCUUGGCCGCGGCAGAUCGGUUUCAGUCCUAAUCAGUGAAACAUGUCCCCUAAACUGGGUCGUUUGAUUGUCAGAAUGCAGAAUUUACUGGGAAUACUAUUGGUUCUUGCCAGCACCACUCUAAACCACGGCACCGUCGAAGCGGAAGUUCUCCAGCAGGCAUUUCGCAUAAGUCCCAACGACGUGGAGGCUCACAUUGGAGAGGAGGUGGUGAUGCACUGUGAAGUCGAUCAUCGCGCCGGCAUGGUCCAAUGGGCAAAGGACGGCUUUGUACUGGGCUUCAAUAACGAAAUCGAAGGUUUCCCACGCUUCUCCCUCAAUCAAAACCAUAGCAGUGGCAUUUACAACCUGAGGAUCACGAAUGCAUCCUAUGAGGAUGCUGCCAACUACCAGUGCCAGGUAGGACCGGCAAAAAACAACCGUCCGAUUCGAGCGGGAGCCAAGCUGACUGUUCUAGGAUCAAUGAAAAAUCGCCGCGGUAUGUAUCAUCGCAACUGAGAAACAGAAAAAAACCAUCGAUUUGCCGUUCGCAACUGCUCAGUCAAAUAAUAUCCGGCCAGGUCCCAGGUUCUUUGACAAGUCCAUCCAACAUAAUCUCUUGUUCCGCCCCAGCAGAGCACGAGCACUCGGUGGCAUUAAUGAAUUGAGUAAAUAAUUAUAUCGAUACAGCCUGGUGUAGCAUAACAUAUCAUUAAUUCAUAAGAAAACAAUGUAUUCGUAAAUAAAUUAAAUUGAGUAUUUCGAUAGCUGGGAGGUGAUAAUUAUUACGCCGGUGAAAAGCCUGUUGACAGGAGUGAGUGGACAAAAAAACAAAUGAGUG